AUGGAGGCGUUGAAAGAGAUAACAAAGAAGAUGGAAGUGAUAGAGAGGAACCAAGGAGAGGACAAGAAGGGCCAAGAAGACAUCAAGAAGGGCCAAGAAGACAUCAAGAAGGGCCAAGAAGAAAUCAAGAGGAACCAGGAAGUGAUCAAGAGGAACCAAGAAGAGAUCAAAACAAGGUUUGGAACAAACUACAGAGACCAAAGAAGAAGGGUACCAGAUAAUGUAAGGAAACACAUGUCAGAUGGGCCGCUAGGAGGCAGGGGCUCCUCUAACUACCCAUAUCCCGUGGGGCCGGGGUUCCACACGUCUUAUGAGAAUUCACAAGCGCCCUUUUAUACACAAGAACUAGAGGGCAUGGAUUGGUAG